AGUUUUUUGUUUUGUUUUGUUUUGUUUCUUUUUUUCGUUGAUGGAUAAUGUGGUAGUGCCGCCAUAUGGUAAAGAGGUGUUGGUUGGCAAUUGGAUAGAUCGCCGCUAUGCGUCCGAUGAGAAGAGCAAUGCCAUACUGCCCGGACUCGGCACAUUUGCGGGUUGUGAUAGGCAUCUGUCGAUCAGCAAGGAGUCGUACACGGAUGCCGCACAAAAGAGCCAGGAUAGAAUGAUCUCUUUCGGAGAGAUACGAAGGUCACGCAUGCGCAACUUCUUCGCGGGCACCACGUCCAAUGUCAUCUUCAUAGACGAUCUAACGAUGAAUGACAAUUUCACAACUACAAACACCUUGUUCUACGAUCUGCUUCCCAGGCUGAGCCAGCAGCGGCAGCAGCGGCAGCUGAACAUGCUGUUGAGCUAUGGCAAUCUGACCAAGACCGUGGGUAUUACAAAGAAUGCCCAAUUUGACAGACGCCCAGAGAAAGCGCUGCGUAUGCGAUCGAUAUACGACACAUCCUAUAAUCACUACCCAAAGACCAGGACGAAUUUUCAUUUAUAAUAGUAGAGAGUAGAGCGGACUCAGUUAAUAAUAAAA